CCAAUCCAGUGUAGAAGAGAUCAUCAUUUAAUUCUCAAAAUACAAUGGCUUUCUCCCAAAUGCAAAAAGUAUCAGCAUUUUGUUUCCUACUAUGUAUGGUGAUCAUUUCACCCCAUGCAGAAGCUGCAAUAUCAUGCAACACAGUGUACUCAAAGCUAAUGCCCUGCCUCAGCUACCUCAUGGGAGGCAGCAACAAGGAAGGGGCGCCAGCAGGCUGCUGUAGCGGGAUUCAGUCCCUCUACACAGCAGCCAGCACCACCGCGGAACGACAGGGGGUAUGUUCCUGCCUGAAAUCAGGGGCAGCAAGUCUUGGCAGCAGUAUUGAUACUAACAAGGCUGCUACACUUCUUAGCAAAUGUGGUGUCACUGUUCCUUACAAGAUUAGCCCCAACAUUGACUGCUCUAAAAUCCAGUAAAUUUAUGUAAUAUGUGCUCUCUAUAAUCUUGGUCUGGAAGAGCACUAACUACUUUAUGUUUAUGUUUGAAUAAUUUGGUUGAAGUGGCAAUGCAUGAACUGGAGUUCUGUCUAUUUUAGUGAAUAUAUAUAUAUAUAGUACCACUUCUUGAUGGA